AUUCAGGAAAUAACCAUCUUCACAAGAGUGACUUUUGGAGUUUCAAUAAUAAUAAAAUAACAUAAAGUACAAAUUAAAUCACAAUGAAUACUAUUAUAGUUUAAUUAAGAAUAUAAUUCUUAUAUUUAUCAUUUAUUUUCGCAUUUUAUUUGCAUACGAUGGCUUUAAGUGGAUUCGUUGAAUUUUUCCAAAAAGGGAAGGUGAGUAUGACUUUUCGACCAAAGAAAAAAUUCACUCAUGGAACGAUUAGAUAUUCGUUACAUAAACAAGCACAGGCCAGUCUGAAUUCCGGUAUUAAUUUACGUGCUGCCGUGCAAUUACCUGAAGGUGAAGAUUUGAAUGAUUGGAUUGCCGUCCAUGUGGUUGAUUUUUUCAAUCGUAUUAAUUUAAUUUAUGGUACUGUCUCUGAAUAUUGUGAUUCGAAAUCAUGCCCGACAAUGUCAGGUGGUCCACGAUUUGAAUAUUUAAUGUGGGCUGAUGGUGAUAGGUAUAAAAAACCAACAGCGUUACCAGCUCCUCAAUACAUAGCUCUCUUAAUGGAUUGGGUUGAAUCUCAAAUAAAUAAUGAAACAUUAUUUCCUGUGAGUACGGAUGUACCAUUUCCUAAGACGUUCAAUGCAUUAUGUCGAAAAAUUUUGACUCGAUUAUUUCGUGUUUUUGUCCAUGUAUAUAUUCAUCAUUUUGACCGGAUUGUAUCAAUUGGAGCUGAAGCUCACGUGAAUACUUGUUACAAACAUUUUUAUUAUUUUGUACAAGAAUUUAAUUUAAUAAGUGCCAAGGAAUUGGAACCGUUGGCUGAAAUGACAAGUCAUAUAUGUAAAGAUGUGAGCCCAGUACCGCCAAAUUCAAAUAACUCAUCGGCUUCCCAUCAUCAUAGUUAGAGAAAUUUUUUAUUCGGCUUGUGAUGCAUUUAUUUAUUUCUUUCUUGU